UCACGUCGAGGCCAUGCAUCCCGACCUGUCACCACAAACCGAGAGCGCUCCUUCACCCCCACAACAGGACGGCGGGGAGGGAGAGGCUCACUCUAGGUCAAUAGCUGUCAGCACGAACUGUACAGAAGUUUGCGGUCAAGCUCAGUCAAGUCGUUCUUGUUCCAAGAUCUGCCUCACUAAGGUGUACCCUAAAAGAGCCAAAGACAAGGCCAUCAAAGCCUAUGUGAUUCUGGACGAUCAGAGCAAUCGUUCGCUAGUCAGUCCAGAGUUCUUUAAAUUGUUCAACAUUGAGAGUGAGCGGUUCCCAUACUACCUCAAAACUUGCUCAGGCAACAUGAAAACCCAAGGAAGGAAGGCAGAAGGCAUCCAGAUCGAGUCCCUGGAUGGUAAAGUCGUCAUCUGUCUCCCUCCGCUCUUAGAGUGCAAUGAAAUCAUGAAUAACCGCGCUGGGAUCCCGACACCAAGUGCGGUGCUACACCAGCCGCAUCUCCACCACAUCGCCAAACACAUCCCAGAACUGGAUCCGAAAGCGGAAAUACUCCUGCUAUUAGGAAGAGAUGUUAUCCAGGUACACAAGGUUAGGCAGCAGAUCAAUGGACCACUCAACGCCCCCUUCGCGCAACGUCUGGAUCUGGGCUGGGUGGUGAUAGGAGAGGUGUGUCUCGGUGACGUACACAAACCGAUGGUUAACACACUCAAGACCAAUGUGCUAGAGAGUGGCCGCCAUUCAAUCUUUCAACCCUGCCCGAGUGUCCCGUGCAUCAAGGAAGCACAACAAGGCGUUAACAAGCGCGAGGCAAGCGACGAGUCGCUGGACCAGUCAGUCUUCGCUCUAACGAAGUAUGACGACAAACUUGCACAAUCAGCUCAAGAUACCAUUUCUUUAAAAACCGAAGACACCAAGGUCUUCAGAGAUGAAGCAAAUAAUGGGGUUGCCCCAUUGCCUAUCAGAGAACCAUGCCAGCGCUCACCAGAUAACAAAGAGCAGGCAGUCAAACGGUUCACGUCCUUACGGAAAACCUGGAAAAGGAAACCUGAGAUACAGCAACGCACCCGAUUGGCCCACGAGGUACUGUGCACCCUAAUGGCAGAGGUCACAGCCAUUAUGAACGCACAAUCAUUCCUACCUGUGUCUUCUGACCCAGAAAACCCCUUUAUGCUUUCGCCAUCAACGCUCCUUACGCAAAAGGCAGGAGCACCUCCUCCACCAGGAGACUUCUCAGACAAGAAUUUGUACACAAAGCAAUGGAGACAAGUCCAGGCUCUGGCAAAUCAGUUCUGGUCCCGCUGGAGACAGAAAUAUCUACCCUCGUUGCAACAGAGACGAAAGUGGACAGAACCCCGCAGGAAUCUUCAAGUUGGAGACUUAGUCCUGCUCAGGGACAAGCAGAUCACCCGCAACAGCUGGCCAAUGGCCAGAAUCACUGCUACAUUCCCUAGCGAGGAUGGACAUGUCAGGAAGAUCGAAUUGAAGACUACCGACCAAGGCGAUGUGAAAAUUUACCAAGGGCCAGUUACAGAAGUUAUUCUACUUCUACCCAAUGACUGAUUAAGAGACUAAGUUUUGUACUCUGCUCAUUGUGACCUUACGAAGGUCAAGCGGGGAGUGUGCUGUCUUUACGACAGUUAUUUAGUUUAUAAUAUUUUCGCUUAGUAAUUCAUUCAAUAGUAUUUUCUAGUUAGAAUUAGAAGUGUUUAAAGUGUAUUCAUUGCAUGUAAAAUAUAUCGGCAUGUGAUGACGUCACAUCCGGUUUCGCCGCGUCUUGUGGGAAAACACCGGUUUGAAAUUAGCGCGAGGGUGGGGGCUUUCCACGAGGCUCACCUGAGCACAAGCAGUUUGCAGGCAUGAGAAAUCACAGUGAGAGCAACGCUUUUUCACCAUAUGUUAAUGUGAAGAGUGAACAGUAAAUGGUUAAUCUUACUGCGAUCUGGUUUGCAUUGGCUGUGGUUUAUCCGGACGUUAAAUUCGGCGUUUCGUUACACCCGAAGGAGAACGUUACAGUUCACUACGGAAAAAGAUCUUGGCAAUUAUAGAA